AUGUAUCGCGAUGUCGUGCAUCGCCGCUGGGCGCGCGCGUUUCUCUUCCACCUGCUCUCCAUCGGCCCCUUCCUCUUCCUCUGGGCCGCGCCGCUCGUCCUCCGCGCGGGCCUCCUCCCUUCGCUCCUCUCCUUCUUCUCCCUGCGCCUCUACCUCGCUUUCGCGAUUUUCGAUAUUUCGCAACUCCUUUUCGUUCUCGCUCGCCACGCCAUCGUCGUCGCCGAUGCCCCUCCCCUCCCCUCCACCGCCUCCCUCCUCGCUUCCGCCGCAAACCUCGCCGGAUUUGCCGGCACAUCGGAUCCAAGCCCGCUCGUGCAUCAAGACCAACAGAUUCGCACAGCGGACGGCGGGUUUCGCGGGCCCGCCAGCCAAUGGGAGGCGGAAGCGGCUAGGGCGACGCUGGCGGGCCGCGCCAAAUUCGCUGCUCUCUGCGCCGCGGCGGGCGCCGCAGGGGCGAUCGCGCUCUCGCUCUUCCGCGCGCAGCUUUUGGGCGGCGCGGCGGAGAUCGAAUCCAACGGCGCGUGGCGGGAGGACGGCUGGGCCGUGGCGGGCGAGGCGGGGUUCGGCGGCGCGUUGGGGGUGUUGUUCGCGGCGUACCACGUGGUGCGGCGCGACUACCUCCUCGCCUUCCCCGUGCUGGAGCGAGCCCCGUUCUACCGAUUCAAGACGGCCCUCCCGCGCUGCGCCACGUCAGCAGCCACGUUUGGGUGCAUCACGGCGCUGCUCUACUCCCUGCUGCUCCGCCCGCUGCUGCUGCCCCUCCUCGCCACCGCCACCGGCAUUCCCCUGCCCUUCCUCGCCGCCCCGCCUCUGUCCAUCCGCUCUCUCCUCCUCGCCCUGCUGGCCCGCGUGCACGCUGUGGCGUGGCUGGCCUUCUCCUGGGAGGCGGCAGCGGCCGCCUCGGACAUCUUCCUCACACACCGCCACCUCUUCCUCCUGCCGCCCUCCUCCCCCGCCUCCCCCAUCGCCCCCCUCCUCCUCGCCCUCUCCCCCUCCCCGUCCUCCGCCCCUCCUCCGUCCCCGCCCCCCCUGCCCCUCCGCGCCCUGCCCGCGCCCCCCGCCCUGCCCCGCCUCGUGCUGCACUGGGCGCUGCUUGACCUCUCGCUGCUCGCCGAAUCAGAGGCUGACACGUGGCGCCGUGCGGCGCUGUUUGAGUCGCAGGAGGCGUACAGCGCGGUGGUGGCGGCGUGCAUCGUCCCCAUCGAUGCCAUGACGCUCAGAGUCGCUGCUGCUGCCGGUUACCCCACCGUUACAGGUGCGCUGCUCCAGCAGCAGCACUACUCGUUACAGUCACCCACGGCUACAGUCAUAGGAGCCGGGUUUGCUUCUGCUGACGGGCUGAGGUGGCGGCAGGGGAAGAGCGGAGGAGAGGGCGUGGAGGGGCAAGCGGUGCAAGGGGGGUUUGCCUGGAAUGGAGGGGUGAGAUCAGAUGAAGGGGGGAGUGGAUUGGGUGUGGGCGGCACGGAGCAGAGGAGAGGCGGGGGGAGAGCGCCCAGCGCGGCUGAGGUGUUCUUUGACUGGCAGCUGUGUGCCAUGAGCAUACGAGCCCUGGCAGCGCUGACAGCAGCAUCACGGGUGGAGGACCGCAUGGGCGUGGCGCAGAUGGCGGGCGCCAACGCCGCUGUGCUCUCCUCGCUGCUGUCCGCGCUGCUCUCCCUCGACUCGCUCCUCCUCUCCCCCUCCCACCGCCACCCCGCCGCCCCCGCCACCUUCUCUGGCUUCGGGGAGGAAGCUUCCUCGCAAGCGACCCCUCCGGGUGCCUCCCAACCUGCCUUCUCCCACCAGACCUCGGCUCUAGCUUCGGGAAGCGGGGUACUAUUCGGCACACCGACCCUCGGUCUUAGGUAUGGAGAGACGUUUGGAGAGGAGAUGGUGGAGAAGGGGGGCGGAGCGAUGGGAGGGGGGAGAGGAGGCGGUGGGGCAGGGUCGUGGAGGGCGGAUGAGGCGUGGUUGCCUGCUGACAUGCGGCCUCUGUUUGGGUCGAGACAGGCGCAUGCAGCCAAGGUGCUGUCGCUGCUGGAACACACUGAGUAG